AGAUGGUGCUGCUGCGUGUAACCGUUACGUGCGGUGUGCUAGCGCUAGCGAUGGCCUCCAACCCAACCAGUGACGCAUUUACGCGCAACGAAAUAGUGCCCGAUCUGAUCGACCUCGCACCGGACCAAACGAUCAAGAUCACGUACCCCGAGUCGGAGGUGGAAGUUUCGCUGGGGAAUCAGCUCACCCCGACACAGGUACGGUCGCGGCCGAAGCUCUGCUGGACGGUGGAACCGAACGCACUCUACACACUGCUGAUGGCCGAUCCGGAUGCACCGUCGCGCAGCAAUCCGGAGAUGCGCAGCUGGAAACACUGGCUGGUGGGUAACAUACCCGGUGUGGAUGUGGAUGCUGGUGAGGUGCUGGCCGAUUACGUUGGUUCCGGACCACCGCAAGGUACCGGGCUGCAUCGGUACGUGUUUCUGGUAUACAAGCAGCAGGAGGGCCGAGUGACGUUCAACGAGACAGUGCUCAGUAGCAGGAACCCAAACCGUGGCAAAUGGAAUCCGGCCCAGUUUGUGAAGCAGUACGCGCUGGGCGAUCCGGUUGCCGGUAACUUCUACCAGGCCCAGUACGAUGACUACGUCCCGGAGCUGUACGCCACCUUUACGGACACUACCUGAACGAGGCAGGAUCUUGU